AUGGAAACAUCAUUAACUUACGAGAUCUUUGAUCACUAUCAAAACGUCGUCGUUUCGGGUUCCGACGACGUGACGUUUCAGAAAAAUCCCUUUUCAUGCUCUACCUCUUAUGCAACGCCACUAAUCUCUCGCUCAAUAGCAGAAAAACGAUCUCAUUGGACGGAAUACUUAUCUUAUCUGCGAGCACGAGGUGGUUCCGGUGAAGAACCGCCGCGUAAGAGGAGGAGGAGAGCGAGAAAUGAAAAGAAGAUAGAAGAGAAAGAGAAGCAAAGGAUGAAUCACAUUGCCGUCGAGCGUAACCGGAGAAGACAGAUGAAUCAUUUUCUCUCUAUCCUCAAAUCGAUGAUGCCUCCCUCGUAUUCUCAACGUAGUGACCAAGCAUCAAUCAUAGAAGGGACCAUUAACUAUUUAAAGAAGCAAGAACGACUUCUUCAGUCACUCGAAGCCCAAUUAAAAGCCACAGACCCGAAUCAAACACCAAACAUAUUCUCCGACUUCUUCAUCUUCCUUCAAUUCUCCACCGCCACCGCCUCCGCUGACGUGGAGGUUACGAUGGUGGAAAGACAUGCCAACAUUAAAGUGUUUACAAAGACAAGACCAAAAUUGAUCUUCAAUAUUAUCAAGAAGUUUCACUCUUUAGGUUUAAGUACUCUUCAUCUCAACCUCACAACUUCCAAAGACAUGUCUCUCUUCACUUUUAGCGUCAAGGUAGAGGAAGAUUGUCAAUUAACGGCUACAGGUAGUGAGGUCGCAAGUGCAGUGCAUGAAGUCGUAAGAAGAAUUCACAAGGAAAAUUGCAUAUAA